AAAGGAUUUCUGUGAAUGUGCUGGUCCAUGGGUCUGAAUACUGUGCUUCCGUCGCACCCAGAGUGUUCUUUAGAGUUUUGCAAAAAAUGGGAGGGCUAAACGCCGCCCAAAUGAUUUGAAUAUUUCCUGCAGGAUGGGAACAAUAUUCUCUUGUUCAGUUUAUAUGGCUUUUACCUAUGAAGGACGCAGCAGAGGCAACGGAGUAAGGUAAUACAGCAUUUGUUUUUUUAAAAUGUCACUUUAAAAGGUCCUGGAAAACAGUUAUAUAUUUUAUUUGUGGACUUAUUAUGGGUCAUGACAAAUCCUAAGCUAAUAUCUCUAAUAGUUGUUAAUAGUUUUGAGGAAACUUACUAUUUGUUUUUAAGUGUCCAGCCUAUUUAAUGAGAAUUUUCAUUCUAAUGUACUACUGGUAGUAGCCAGUGUAUUGAGUGAAAAUAUUAUUGCUUGUUACUGGAGAGAACAAAAAAAAGUCCACUAUAGGUGUUCUGGUUCCAGCAGUAUUUAAAUGGGAUAAAAAUAGUGUAACCAUCCGAGUGCCACAUGAAAUGUAUUUGCAUCAAAGUAAGUCUGGGUAAACUUUGAUGGAUGAAAAAAAAAUAUGUAGUUAUGUGUUCUAUAUCCACAUUUUCACAAAGGUGAAACCCUUUUUAACUCGUAUUGAUCUCGAGAAAACUAUUUACGCAUUUAUAAGCUUUUUAUAAGCUCUAGAACGCGCUUUAUGUCGUUGUCUCCAAGUCAUCGAGCAACUGUCUGGUUGGUUCAAAAUGCCGCUGCCCGCUUUUUAACCAAUGUUUCCUGAUGGCAGCACACCACCCCAGUCCUUUUUUCCCUCCACUGGCUCCGGUUUCUUUUAGGAUUGAUUUAAACAUUUUGGUUUGUGUUUUUAAAGCCCUCAAUGCUCUUGACCCUCCAUACCUGUCUGAACCCUUGAGCGCUCAUAACCCAACUAAGACCUUAAGGUCAACAAACCAGCUCUUUUUAGAAGUCCCUCCAGCUAGGUACAAAAACUUUGGUGAUGGACCUUUCUCAGUCGCUGGACCCAGCCUCUGGAACAAAUUGCCUCUGGACAUUUAUGCCACUAACUUUGACGUUUUUUUUAAGGCUGGGCUUAAAAACUGGCUUUUAUCAUUCAGUAGUGCAGGGUCAUAUAUUGUAUUUUAUUUCUUGCAUUUUUAUGUUUACGUUUUUAAUUCUGUUUCUAUGAUGUUCAUUUUAUGUACACUACUUCAGGGAAGAUAAGAGACCUAAUGAUGACCAGAAAUUUGUAAAUAUGAAUCUAUAAAAUCAAAUUAAGUUAAAGCUUCCGGACUAAGCACUUUGCGUUGCCCUUGUACUGGGAUGUGCUAUACAAACAAAUUUGCCUUCCCUAUGAGGAAGUACUUCCAAAAUGAAUGAAGAACAAAUGAUAAAAUUAUUUUGUUAUUUAUUUGACCUGACAGACGAAAAGGCCAAGGCAUUGCUCAGCUUGCCUUUCGACUGCCACCAUGACUUCUUCAGACGACGAGGUGGAGAAAAUAUCUACAAACCUGAAGGACAUUUCACUGAAGGUGCAACAGCUUGAGGACAGAAGGAAAAUCUUGUGCGUAUUCCAGGAGCUGAGGAAUCGGGCUGAAUUUGGGCAAACAGAGGAAGCAGCUGCCACCCAACAAGAGAUAAAUGCCAUCGACAAUAAACUGAAAGAACUCAGCAUGAAGAAGGCUGAACUCCAAAAGAACUGUGACAAUAUCCUAAAAGCAAAAGACGAGACGCUAGAAGCCAGGAGCAAGAACGAUAUUAAGGACGCUAAGGAUAUUAAGGAUAUUAAGGAUCCUGAUGUUAAUUUUCCUGCUGAAAGGGUUGUCUAUGUUGAACCUCCUCCUUCUUUCCCCGCCCCCGAAGUGAUUCUGGAUGUGGGAAAGCUUCCGACACAUCCGACUAGGACACAGUGCCCACAGUGCAACCAGUUUGUCACAACGGAGACUUUCACUUCCGUUAGUAGCGUGACCUGGCUCGUUUGUUUUAUGUCCACUUUAAUAGGGUAUGAGCUCUCCCUCCCAUUUGGUUCGCUGCUGCGUGGCCGGUUGCUGCCUCCUUCCUUUCUGCAUGGAUAGGUUCAAGUCCGUCACGCACAGAUGUCCAAAGUGUCGGACGAAGAUCACAAUCAUCAAAAGGCUCUGAAAAGGGAAGGAGUCUCUGAGCGAUGGCAGCUCAGAUUUGAAAGAACGCUGGACCGACAGUUCUGGUUACUGUUGAGAGGAUCCGCUGAGGAGUUGGGUUGCGACACCGUCCUCUGUUAUGCAGGGUAUGCUGAAAAUCCACGUCUAAGGAUUUAUUUUUGUUAAACAAAAUUUAAAUCAAAGCCGAAUGGAUUUAAUGAAGCACAUUUCGAUGGAUAUCUUAGAUGACUGGAUGUAAAUGUGUAUUGUAGUAGAUUUAUGAACUUUACAGUUCAAGCUUCGAAGCACCUGAGAAGUCUUUUAAAUCUUUCUUUGUCAGUGGCUAAUCAAGCUUUUUGGAAAAAUUUAAUUUUUUUUCUACACAUUUCAUCUUGCCUUGCUGAUACUGAAAUAGUUUCUGUCAAACUAUAUUUGUCUUAUCUUGUGACUCAGGCAAAGAAAUAUGGACGCAUUGGGUCUUCAUGGGAUGCUGCUAGUAACAAUGUGCCAAAAAUGUUGGUUAGGCAAGGUGCUGGUCUAUUUAUGGGAGAUUCUUUAAGAAUGUUUUUAAGAAAUUACAAAUGACUCAAAUCUUUCAUUCAGUACUACUGUAUAUCUGUAUAUUAAGAUGGAUUAGGCUAAAAAUCCAACGAUUUACGCUGUAGCUCUGUAUGUACAACUGUAAGUUCUUUUUAAAGAGGCAAACCCUGUUUUUUUUUUCCUUUUUGUAAAACUAACCCUUAAAAUGAAUUAAUCUUUUAUGGCAGAAGCAUGACCUCACACUGAAAAAAAAGAGAAAACCACUGUUACUUUGUCUAUAUUUCUUUAGUGUGGAAAAAUUCCAGUGUUUAGUGACAAUUACUCUUAUUCACUGAUAGGAGAGUCUUUAGUAGAUUAGUGUCCAGGAACUUCUGAUUAGUAAUCCUAGACUUUGUGUUUCCCUGGAGUAUAAAUAUGGUGGGAAAAAGGCCAAUUGCUUUGGCCUCUGCCACGGAGGCAAGGCAAGUUUAUUUGUAUAGUACAUUUCAGCAACAAGAAAAUUAAGAUUUAUCUUGCCACCUUAUUAAGGAGGUAAGUAAAUCUCAUAAGUUUCCUGAUUGAGGGUAAAAAGUCACAUCGCCAACCAACAAGUUUCCAUUGAAGUCAUUUGGCAAUCUAAAUAGCCCAACCAGCUAUUAAGAAGUGAUGCCAGAAAAAAAUUCUUUCUGUUCCAUUAUCAUGUUUUCCUACAGCGACUUUGUCAGGAACUGCGUACUUUGGUCAGACAUGACUAAGCUUUAGUUGUACAACAACAUUCACUUUCUAGAUGUGGCUUGAGUGAAACAAGGAGUGACUAUGUGGGAAAAGCACAUUAUCCCUACAGUUAAGUACAACAGAGGAUAAAUUAUGCUAUGGGCCUGUUUUUCCUUCUCUUCAAUAGGGUUGAAUCUUGUCUUUCACCAAGGCAUUUUAGAUAAAAUUCUUGUAGGCUCUACCUGUAAACUGA